AUGCUCAAUCGAAUCUUCCGGCCGCAGGCUUCGCUGCGGGCUGCCUCCGCCUUCUCUCAGAAACCCAUCUCCGCCGCUCUCCCACGCUUCCAGACUCGAACAUUGCAUAAUGUACCCAGCUUAGUACACAACCCAUACUUCAGGGAACAUGGCGUUCCGGAAUUCUUGACUCCAGAGGCAUACGACUUCGCCUGGACACAAUAUCAGGGUCUCAUGAUUGAUAAACUCAACUUGAUGACUCAGGACACCGUCGAUGCGGGCAUGAGUCCCGCAGACUUGGUGAUCAAGUACUCCCGUCGUCCGGAGAUGGCCUCCGUGUUCAACUAUGCCUCAAUGGCCCACAACAACCACUUUUUCUUCAGCUGCCUUUCCCCAACCAAAACCGAAAUCCCCGAGAAGUUCGCCAACGAGAUCACCAAAUCAUGCUCCUCCGUCGAAUCCCUCAAGCUCGACUUCCUCGCAACCGCAAACGCCAUGUUCGGCCCGGGUUUCGUCUGGCUCGCCAAGAACAUCGAGCGCGACGGCAUGCUGCACAUCUUUUGCACCUACAACGCCGGCUCCCCCUACCCGGCCGCUCACGCCCGCCGCCAGCCCGUCGACAUGGCCACGCACCCACUCGAUUCUGCCCUCGGUAAUACGUACGCCGGCGCGUUUGGUACACACUCGUCCAACCAGAAGAACUAUGCUCCGGGCGCUGCCGACGUUGAACCCAUUCUGUGUGUCAACACGUGGGAGCACGCGUGGAUGAUGGACUACGGUAUCGGGGGCAAGGCGGCGUACCUGGAGCGCUGGUGGGACCGGAUCAACUGGGAUGUUGUUGUUGAGAACUACGAAUCCGUUAGCGGAAGGACUCCCCGGGCUUCAAGCAGCGUCUACGACAAAAUUAGAACGAAUUAG